AUGGGGCGCAAGAAGAAGACGCUGCACGACUAUGCGGCGGAGUUCACGGACCUGGGCGUGCGGCGGCACCUGCUGGAGCCAGGCGCGGGGCCGGGGCCGGGGCCGGCGGCCGCCGUAGUGGUGGAGACGCUCUACUGCAAGUCGUGCGAGCUGCCCAUGCGCGUGCGGCGCGACCGCAUCCUGGAGCACCUCUCGUCCGGCCGCCACUACCGCAACCGCCGCCUGCUCAAGCAGCACGGCCCGCGCGCGCCCGCCCUCGCAUCUGCAGGUUCAGACCUUGGUACUGGGCUUCCCAUGCAACUUGACACUCCUUCCCUGCUCUCUCAGCCUUCAUUUAUUUUCUCAGCCAACCCUUGCAUCACCAGUGAUGGCACCAGCACCAGCUACAGCAUGGUGCCAUCUCCACCUUCCUACCACAAGUCAUUGAUCCCUGUUCACCUCAAUGCCAUCAGCUCUACCACUAAUGUCCUGUCUGCCAGAGAAGACCAAACACCCUCUACCUCUACCAGUUACCCUUCAGCAUUUGCUGCCCUUCAUCUGAGAAAUGCACCUGCUUCCUCAAAACAGAACAACCAAAAGCUUGUUAUUUCUGAGGCCUCCAACAGUGCGAUUUGUGGAGGGGCUGUGGGACAGUACACUAGUACUGGGACUACAGGAAGCAAUAUUGGUCUUGCCCUCUUUGGCGUUGGGCUUGGGAACAAAGCAUUGUUUCAAAGUUUAAUGGAAGAAAAUAGUUGCUGUUUACUCUACAUUGUUGAGGAUCAGCUACUAGACGUGGAACGUGCCUUCAGUACUGAAUUUCUGGCCAACACCAGGGUGCUGCGGCAGCAGGAUGCUGACAUUGUGCUCAAUGAUCAACGUGUCUCUGGAGCCAUUAUUUGUUCACCUCCUGAAGCAGCCUCAGAAAUUGUAUUAGAUGCUUUGCGAGCGGGGAAAGGUGUGUUUUGCGAGAAGCUGCCCAGUUUAGACAGGCAGACAGCAGAGGCUUGUUUUGACGAAGCUGACAGAUGUGGAAGACCAUUGGUCUGUGGAUUCUACAAGCGCUUUGAUCCAGCCAUGCAGUUCUUGUAUAAAAAAGUCCACGACAGCCAGGCACUGGGGAGGAUUCAUCGGAUAUCAACGGUUAGCAGCAUAUAUCCAGCGGCUUCUCUUAGCUUCCUAAAAAAGUCAGGUGGGAUUUUCUAUAAUGCUGCUGUACAUGACAUUGAUAUUAUCAGUUUGUUACUGGGGGAAAGUGCACCAGAUACAAUAUUUUCUUUGGGACAUGCAUUCUGUGCAGACAUGGCCUACUUGAAGGAUGCAGACACUGUAGCAGUCAGCAUGAAAUUUCCUAGUGGAGCCAUUGUUACAUUGGACGUCAGUCAGCACUGCACUAAAAGCUGCGAUCAGAGACUAGAGGUCCAUGGUUCUCAAGGAUCAUUACGGGUAGAUAAUCAGAAUCCCUUGGGAAUUACUGAACAUGGAACCUCUGUGUCAAUCUGUUCUCAGACCCAGGCUGACCGGUACCGGGAUGCAUACAGAGAACUCUUCCGACAUUUUUUAAGGACCCUCAAAGGCAAUGAACCCCCUGUUAUCACCAAAGAGCAGUUUCUCUGGACGAUUCAGGUAGCUGCGGCUGCUGAGCAAUCCUGGAGGAACGGAUCUGCUGUCGACUUGCGCAACGAAGCAAUAGAUGUGGCAGUAAUCAAGACUGAAAUCAUGUGAUGUGCACUGCUGCUUAAAGUGAAGGAGCUGUCCAGAGACCUGCUAGAGAGCAUACCUCUCUAGCUAGUGAUGUUUCCACUGUUGUCUUAAAACAAAAAGCCUUGUUGUGUUUUGUCAUUUUCAUUGGCAAUGCCCAGAACUUGGAGCUUGUUUUGAACUCCGUAAGCAUGCAGUGCUCCUGUUGCUGAUGUUUUGGAGGAUGUUAUCCAGGUUUUUUAAAAGAAAUGAUGGAGGCUUUGUCUGCACUGGCAUUUCCUUUUCAUAUUAAGGAAUAUUAUUUCCUUGACGGUGGAUUUCCCUGAGGCUGGUCAUAACAUGGUAAGGAUAUGCUGGCAUUUCCUUUCUGAGGGAGUCAAAUCCAGGUAAUGGAAUAGAGUUUUCUUGGUAGCAGACCACCCUGAUGCUGAUUGCGAUGUGGUAAGGAAAUAGAAACAAUCCUUUAUGGUUGUGAAGACUGUGCAAUUAAUCUCUUGUGGCAGCUUCGUAAAUGAGAUGAAACUGUGAUGCUCAAAAUGAGGAAACAAAGGUACCUGUAUGGCCCAUGCCGCACACCCCAUACUGUGUUGUAUGUACCCCCUUACAGGUUGCACGUUUCUGGAACUUUGUGUUCUGGUCUUUGCUAUAAGUUUGAAAUACAUAGUAGCUGAGGAGUAUGCAUCUACUUCUUUAGGGGAGGGCAAAGCUGGCAGAGAGAUUUCCUGUCAUUGUGGCUGUAGUGUUAGUGAUGAAAGAUUUUUGUGGGCUUAGACUGUCACACAGAGCACAACCAUACCCUUGGGCAUUUCUAAUCUGAAUAGUGCAUCACUAUUAAAAAUAAAUAAAGGUUUAUGUUUCAAAAUACUUCUGUGGAUAUCUGUGCGGGAGCUCUGUACAACAUCUGUUACUAGGAGAUGUCACCUGGAUUUUACAGUGCAUUAGGAAAGGCUGUGUAUAAGCAGUUUUGUUUUCCUUGCAAACUCCUGUGCUUCGGGGUUUCUCUGUAGGGCAGUGAUUUGCAGUUCCUUUGCCCUGAGUGGGGGAGGGAGUCCGAUACACAGGUUUUUAAGAAAGUUUUUUUGGGAGGGUUGUUUGUUUGUUUUGUCUAGCACAGUGAUUCUCAAUCGGGGUGCCUGGGAUGUCUUGAGAUCCUUUCAAGAGUGCCACAGGGUACCACACAACUUUAGCACUGUUACAUUUACAAACAGGGUUAGUACUGCAUUAAAUAAAGAGAUUUCAAAUAGAAAUCCAAAGUUGUGGUCUUUCUAAGGUCAAAAAAAAUAAGCUAAAAUUUUCCCAGGGGUGCCUCAAGUCUAAAAAGGUUGAGAACCACUGGUCUAGCAGAUUGUGAUUAUGCAUCACAGAAAAUGAUAGUGCCUUCCACAACAGGCAAGUCUGCUUUGAACCAGGUUAUUUGUACCUUUUUAUUCUUAUGUUGAACUUACUGCAAAUGUAUAUAUUUGACUAUUUUAUUCUGAUCUGUAUUGCUCAGACCCUGGUUUUCAAGAUUUGGAAAAAAGGUGUUUUUUUUUUAAAUGGUAUUAAAACAACAUUCUUGCAUUGAAUGUGUUGGUAGCUAUACGUAUUGAAUUUUUCUCCGGAAAAAUAGUCUUUACUGUCAAUUUAAUUUUUAUAUAUGCGGUAUACAUUACUAAAACUAGGAAUAGUUGUACCAUUUAUAACUAAGCACAGUUCUCUUGUGGAAAUUGUUUUAAACAGUGUGAUUUUUUUUUUUCCCCCAAACCUGAGAAAAGCUGUGUAUUAAUGAUAAAUGCUACUCUUUCUUUCAUACUAUAUCUUUUUGGUCAUUUAUUUGAAAGACAGUGAAAAACACAACACAACCUACAUUCUGUGAAUGAAACCCAGGUAGCUACUUAUUAAAAGAAAAUAUAUUUUU